GGCCUUCAGCAGCAGUUCCCAGGGCAGGCUGCAACCAUUUAAUUUUUUUCAAAAUAAAAAAAAACAGUUAAGUAACAGUAGGGUGGAUCCCGAAAAAAAAACGGUGUCAAAGGUCAGGGAAAGGAGGCGCGUCUUCAGUAUUCUCCGAAAGCGGGUCAACGGAAAGGGGCCUCUGAUAUUGGAGGCAGCCUAGAGCCAUCUUUGCCUCGUUCCCUAUCGAUAACCUCACCCUCUGUGAAUCUGAUACCACAUCUUACGGCAGCGGAGUCGCUUGGGGCCUAGAUUCACUCUAAGCGUCACGAGCGGCGUUUGUGACGACCCUGCUGCGCCCCAAAGGAGUCGCCUCACUGUCCACUGAAACGGCCGCUCUGAGGGGAUACAAUUCUAGAACCAGCCCUUUCUCUUUAAACUUCUACUGUAAAAGCACCGUUAUUUCUCAUUCUGCUGUGUAGAACUUGCUGCUGAACAGGCAGGCGACCCCCACCGCUGCCCAUUGCCGACACAUAGCGGAGGACUACAACUCCCAUCAUGCCGUUCGACGUCCCCUUUGUGAUGUUUUCGCUGCCCCUUCUCGGAGGAAAGAGAAGCGCGACGGUGGGGAGGGGGAGCGGGAGAGCGCGAGCGAGAGAAGCCGGAGCUGAGCUCUCGCGAGAGCAGGCGCCAGCAAACGGGGAAAGGGUGGUGUCUCGCGUACAAGUUUGGGGUCUGACUGGGCCGCGGCGGCACACGGCCAAGGAACCGAAAGUGAACGGUGCGCUCGCUCGCGUGCACGUCAGUUCGAAGCCGCUCCCUGCCGCGUCGGUGAGCGGCUGAGUAAACCCCCUUAUGGCGGCUCCUGCGCCUGAGGGGAAGGCGGCGGCGGCGGCCUCGAGCGACCUCUCUCCGCGAGAGGAAGGGGAGCUGGAGGACGGGGAAAUCAGCGACGACGACAACAACGACAGCGGGCCUCCGGAGCCCAGCAGUAGAGAUGGCGGCGGAGGCACCACCACCAAGGGCCCUUACGCCAGGCGUAGGCCGCCUCCCGACCUGCGGAACAGCCUCCUCCUCUCCUCGUCUCGCCGCUUCUCCCACUUGCGCCACCAGCCUCCCCCUGAGCUCGGGCACCUCCAUGGCCGAGGAGGAGGCGGCUACCGACUCAAGGAACCUUUCCGGCCGCACCCGCAGCAGCCGCCGCCUCCGUCGUCUUCGUGCUCGCGGCUGCCGCCCGGCUCGCACCAGGACUCCGGCCCCAGGCUCUCCUUCUGGGAGCGCAGCCACAACGCCCUGGACCGCUUCCGCUUCCGAGGAAGGCCUUUUCGGGGCGGGGGCCGAUGGGGCAGGAGCCGAGGAGGAAACCCCCCGGGAAGACCCCCCGGGGGAGGUGGGGGAGGGGGCGGCGGCGGCGGGUACGGCGGGAACCAGGGCUGGAGGGAACCCUCUCCUCGGAAAUGUAUCCUUGCCAUUAAGAAAAGGCCACUUGGCCUUUCUCUGCUGCGUCUCGCAGGAAGUGGGGUGGGGUGGGGUUGCCUGUCCUGGUCUCUUACAACAUGGGGUAGUUUGGCCCCAGGGUGGUCCUGGAGUUGGACCGGCGGCCUGUUUUGUUUUCUCUGGUCUGGGUGGAGGCCGUAGUGACGACAGCAGAAAGGGCAAAGCGGAAAUGAAUGCAGAGGUAGGGGGUGUGUGUGUGUGUGUGUGUGAGAGAGAGAGAGAGAGAUUUAAGGAGGUUCUGCAGAUGUGAAGUGUGUGGUCCGAGACAGAAGAUGCCAUCUGGUAUCUUGGAAGGAGCCUCAUUGGCUUUCAAAUGUGAUUCCUGAAAUACUUGAAACACUUAAUGAGUGUUGAUUUUACAUUUAAGCAACUUUGCCGGCCACACAGCUGGCCUUUAGUUGUGUAACCGAAGAUGGCAGGGAAUAUCCUAACCAAGGAAUGCUUAAAGUUUGUCCUCAACCGAGAAUAUGUUUUUAAUUUUUGUCUUUCUGUUUUUAGGAUGAGAAAUGUAAAUUUCCUUGAAAUGUUGAAGGCAUAGGGGGAAUAGUUCCCCCUUUAUUUUGAGGGUGAGGAACGGAAACAUGCAAUUCUUGCAUCAGUUAGUAUACAGUACUAUGUACUAAAAUGGUACUUUUAAAAAGUACUAUUGAAGUAAGUUAUCAUUUUCAUCCAGUUUUUAAAGCAUGUUUACUUAUGAAUAAUGCCCAAAAGAUUACAUUCAUUCUGGUGGCCAUCCUAGGAGUACGUCCCAUUGAACUCCUAGGGCUUAUGUUCGAAAAGAUUAUGUUGUUUCUUGUGUAGCAGGGUGCCUGUGCUGUAGCUUUUGAGAACAUAAGUGAAAACGUUGGCCACAGAGGAAAGCCAGGUGAAAGGACAGAAAAUGAAGGAUAUUUAAAUAAGGCUGCCCAAUAACAUUCUCAAGCUGUCCGGCAAUUUAAAUACUAUCAGAGAACAGCAUACUGUCUAAAAUUUCUGGUGGAGACAAGCUUAAAGCCAGAUGACAAAAAAUAAAAUAAAACCCACAAAAAUAAUUAGUACAAUCACAUUUUGUUUGUGAAGGCACAGGGAAAAUAGAAGUUUAUUUACCUGGUGCCAGAACGGUAAUAAAGAAUAUGCUAGGCCUGCAUGAGCCGCUCUGGAUAGAGUGUUCUACAGUUCAUGGUUGCUGCCUGUCUAAAUGGAGGCACCUUGAGCAGGACCUCUGAGAGGGAUCUUUUGGUUAGCCAUGUUAACUGAGGUGCUGGGAAAUGGAAGCCACCAACAUCUGGAGGGCCACAAGUUUCCCAUGUCUGGUCUAAUAUUUAAAAACAGCACUUUGAUCCCAGAAACUGACUGGGAGACAGUACAGCUGAUAAAACAAUAACAUAAUUAACACGCUAACAUAUCCCAGUCAAAAGCCUUGAUGUCCUAUUUUGGACCAGCUGCAGUUUCCAGACCCUUUCCAAUUGCAGUAAUGUAAAUCAGAGGUUACUAGAGCAUGUGUAACUAUUCCCAGGCUGUUUCCAUCUAGGUAUGGCUGCAGGUAACAUAACGGCAUAAGUUGAUAAAAGCUUUUAGUAUUUCCAGACAAGACCGAAUGGAGGCAAGCGGAACUUACAAGCAAUGAAUGUACUGUAUGGUCGUGUCAGAACUGCAGUUAGAUAGCAGAAAUUGGAGAGUGCUUAUGUUUGCUAUUAAAUUUAAAUGUAUAUUCAAGGACUCUGUUGCUUGAGUGGCUUAUCAUUGUCAGAAUUUCCAUCAGUGAUUAAUAUCUUUCACAUUUAUUAUUUGAACAAGUAACUUUUAAAAACUGAAUUUAAGUUCACUACUAGAGUCAUAUUCUUUAGUUACACAUUGUCUAGGGUGUGGUUCUUGUCCAGUUUACUAGUUUCAGUUUUGCCCAUGAACUGAAAGAAUAAAAAAGGCAUAUUGUGGGGGCAUACAAAGAACUGUUUAGUUUGUUCUGUGUGAGCUGCAUGUAGUAAUUUCCUCAUAUGUAUCUCUGUGUCUUUAUGGAAUUAUGCUAAAAGAGAAUAGGAUAAAAGCUGAGGCUUCUCAAUAGGUGCUACUGUAUAUUUUUACUCAUCUCCCAGUUUUAUUCUUCUAAAGAUGACACAAGGAGUUGCUUUUGUUUCUCUUGGGUUGCAUUCUAUUUAGAAGCAGAUAACUUGCUUCAAUGGCCAAAUUAAGCUUGUGGUAUGGUAGAUAUAGUGGUGGACUUGGAAUGUUGACACUGCUUAGUCCAGAUCGUCCUGGAUGGUGAGUUGCUGUCUUUUCAGCUUUGCCUUAUCCUGCUAAGUGGUUGUGAGAAUAAAACAGGACAACCCAAUGUAUUCCUUCUUGUGAUCACUGGAGGAAAGAAACUUAGGAAAAAGAAAAUGGAUUUUGCCUUCCAGUCUCUGCAUGUAACUCUGUCACUACAAGCUGAGUUCAACAUGUUGCAAUGCAAGCCUAUGACUGGCUCAGUGUGGAAGUCUGUUUUGGCUAGCUUUUACCCCUUGACGGCUAUUGGUUUUCUGUUAGAUCAGAAUUGCCCAACCUGGGGCUCUUGUUUUGGACUAACUCCUAUUAGCUCCUCAAUGCAUAGCUGGCGUAACACAUGAGUAAGCUUCUGUUUUUGAAACACCAUUGGAUUCUGUUCCAAUGUAUUUUAGGAUGCUUUCCAAUCAGAGGCAGUUGUUCAAAAGAACCACUGUAAUGAAGUACUGUGUAGGCAGCUAAUUAAAACCCUGAAGCCCUAGUUCUAGGGGAAUGAAGAAAGCACAUAAAAUGAUACUGACCACAGAAUUUAGCUCCCUGAGUAUAUGGAGUUUCAUUUAACAGAAACAACUUUCUGGUCUCUUAUCCUUGUGAAGACAUAUUUGAAAGUGUAUAGUGAAAUCAGAGGCCUGUGAUAGCUUAAUACUGCUGGUAGGUAGAGGUGAGCAGCUAUCCCUGCACUACUGGUUGCCCAUAUUUAGGGAAAACCAGAACAUUUGCAGAUAGAGCAGUAGUAGAAUAAAGUAUAAAAAGAAGAGGUCUAUAUAUACAAAUCCAAAUAAUUUUCCAUAUGCGACAAAUGGACUCAAUUAUUUUUAGCACAGAGUGCACACAGCCUUAAGGUAUAUCUGUGUCAUAAAUGAGGGCAAUUUCAGUGGUGUCCAGAUCUUUUUCAAAGAGGGCCAGAUUUGAUGAAGUGAAGGGCCAUGGGGGCCGACCAAAGUUGUUGACCUUUUUACCUUUUUUUAGGAUUGAAGUUGUUGAGCUUCUUUUAGGAUUGAAGUUGUUGAGGUUUUUUAAGAAUUUUACCCCAGGAAAUAAACUGCCACAUGGAUGGGAUUAAAUCAACUGGCAGGCCAGAUUAGGCCCCCAGAACUGACUUUGGACAUGGCUGCUUCAGACUCUGCACUAGAGGCUAUCAUGUCAAGCAGAGGUAGAGAAAGCUCCAUUGCACAUCCAGAAGUCCUUGUGCUAGCAGAAUUGUGUAGUUGGAUACUGCCUAAAAUAUCAAAGUUCACCCAAUUAGGUUUUUUUGACACCUUAUACUUAAGUAGAUCUGCCACCAGCUUAUUUAAAUAUGAAAGAGGCCAGCCAGAAGUAUUUGUGUAUUGCUAACAUUUAAGAUUGUGAUCAGAAAUACUUUAGGGGAGGAAAUCAUCUGGGAUGUGUAUAAUGAGAGUUGACGUGUCCCAGGAGGGAAAUAAACCAAACUGGUUGUGGCAGUGGAAUUGAGGUCAGGAAACCUCUUCAAAGGCGUGGUUGCAAUGCCUGGCGUCAGAUGUUUGGGAAGAGGACAAGAGAAUGCCGCUUCACUUACUGCAGAAUCUUGUAAGGAAGCACUGUGUGAGUAAACAUGGAAGUUGUAUGUAUUAUCUCCUGCAUGUUGAAACAUGAUUGAAUUGCUGUUUGGAAUGAAAGGUUUCAGUGGCUAUAUGCUUUUGAUCACUUCCUUACAAUGGUGCAAGUGACAAAUGUUCUCUAGACCAUUUUCUUAAUAAAUAAAUUAGCCAAAAGCUUUGGAAAAUCUCCAUCUAGAAAGCAGAACUAUUCAUCUAAGAAUGAUAACUCUGUUGAAGAGAGUUUUGAGGAUCUGUUGUUGAAAUAUAAGCAGAUUCAACUAGAACUUGAAUAUAUUAAUAAAGAUGAGAAACUGGCUCUGAAUAACAAAGAGGAAACUGCUCAGCAAGGCAAUGAUGAAAUGGCCAGUCCUGAGGACCAAGUAUCUACAGAAAAUAUCAGUAUUACAAAGGAUGCUGUAAAUGAAGUGUCUCCUGAGGAGAAGAAUAAAGUGUUAACCUUUCAGGCAUUUGAACUGAAGCCUCUCAGGCAAAAACUGCCAACCCUAGCUGAGAGGAGCAAGUUGAAAAAAGUGAAAGAUGGAGUAAAGCAAGUGUCACAGAAAUCUGAAUUACUGGAUGCCAGUCAAGGUAAUUGUUCUUUAUGUGUAAUAAACUCAUGAUUUUAUCCUUUCUGUAAUUUUUAAAACUGCUUUUUCUUGUGACAGAGUAGCUCGCAUUUUUACAGACAUUGUAAUGGUGGCACAGAUUACAGUUUGUUGUUUUUAUUUAACUUUUAUUACUGGUAAACAGAAGUGCUUUGAAAAUGCAACAUUUCUUAAGAAUGUUUAUAUCUUGUUUUACUAACAGAAUAUAACUCAAGUAAACGCAGCCAAGAAUAAAAAGAGAAUCAAACAACAAUCUAACAUAUAUUAAAAGUACAUUGUAGAAAUAACGUGUAGGGGGAAUUCCAUGCCCUCAUUUGUUUGAUAACUUUGGCAUGCACUUCUGUUUUAUCUUUCCAUUCCUGGACCAUUGUUUGCCUGGGAACUUGGAACAGAUUGAAUCUAGAGUGCUGUUUAGUACUGGAGAAUAAUAGAGUAGUAUCCUCUGGCACCUCCUGUUUUGUUUGAGAUGUUUAUCUAUUUUUCUACCUUUUUGCUGUUGGAAAUGCUGCAUGUUUCAUUUGAGGGCAUAGCAGGCAUUCUUUACAAUACUAGUGUGGACAAAUCAAGCCUGGACCUGACUGUAAGGGUAGAUAGUUUGGAAUCUGCAGUGUUGCUCUAUGAGUUGAGGUCUUGAGCUGAUCUUGAUAAUGAGUUUGGGGGUGCCUGGGACCCUCUGCUUGAGUUUCUCUCACACUGUGAUGCUGAUGCUGCUAGGCCUUCAGACUGGGUCACAGAAUUAGUGGAAGUAUUAAGGUGACCAGGGAGCAUGAGUUUCCCCCAGUAUGAAGUACACCUCUUGUGUAAUGUAAUAAUAAAAAAAGAGUCGAAGACAGGAACUUAGGAGAAUGUAUGCUUGCUUUUGCACACUGGGCAAGUAUAAAUUGGGACCAUGGCAAGAUUAAAAGAACCAGGCAUAUAGAUUUUGCAGCAUAUUCUGCUUAAUAUACAUGUUAGAAAUUUAUGUAUAAUAUGACUAUUCCUUUGCAUGCUUAAAUUCAUUUACUUUGUGAUUGUGCUUGAUAAAAUAUAUCAUUUAUCUUUUUAAGCAGUAGAUGAAAAAGAGCAAGGAGAACAACAUCUUAGCCCAUCAGGUGCUGCAGUAGAGAAGGUAAGUGGAGCCACUUGUUUUUCCAGCUGCAACAUCAGUCACUUUAGCUCUAGCCUAAUGUAUACUUACAGUGCAAUCCUAUGUGUGUUGUUUCAAAGCAAGUCCUACAGUGUUAAAUGUGGCUGAUGCUUGAGUAAAAUGUGUUUUAGGAUUCUGUCUGUAAAGUUUGAAAACCAUCCUUCUGUAGCUAGUGUUUUGCAUAGAGUGAUUUUUUUUUAGUCAAAACCUUUUUAAAAUAUCAGUUUAAUGAUGAAUAAAGAACUGAAGUGUGUUUGUGCUUUUCAUUUUACAAAAGAAAUUGCUUGAUGAAGAGGAGGAAGUGUCAGAGUUGCAGCUAAGACUACUAGCUUUGCAGUCUGCCAGUAAAAAGUGGCAACAGAAAGAGCAACAAGUGAUGAAAGAAAGCAAGGAAAAACUUACAAAGGCAAAAAAUGUGCCACAAAAGAUCAAAACCAGCACAAAAUCGCAUUCGGCCAAAAAAACCAGCACUGCAGGUAAAUGGUUAAAUUGGUGAGCAGUGGCUUUCCAAGUUGAGAUCUGUAAUGUUCAAUAUUUGACAGCUUACUUUCUCCAUAGAUUUGUUGUGUGUCUUUGGAAAAAUUAAGUGUAAUUAAUCAAUACUCUUAUUUAAAGCUAAGCAAGCACUGAGGAAACAGCAAACAAAAGUGUGGAAAAAACUGCAACAACAGAAGGAACAAGAAAGGCGUCAGAAGGAAGAGGAACAACGGAAACAAGAAGAGGAGGAGGAGAGAAGGAAAAGGGAAGAGGAAAUAAGAAAAAUCCGUGAUCUUUCAAAUCAAGAAGAACAGUAUAAUAGGUUUAUGAAGCUGGUUGGAAGCAAGGCAAGAUCAAGAAGCAAGGUAAAUUGACAGGCAUGGAGUAUGGCUUUAACAUGGAUGUACUUGUGUAAUUAAUUUGCUGUUGGGGGUGGGGUGGGGUUUGCUCAUCUUGGUGACCCAUGAUCUGAUAGGAUUAGAUUAGGACUUGAGGGUCUUAGCUCUCCAUGGAUAUGGACAUACUGGUCCUGGACAACUUGCUGUCUUUCAGCCUGUUUUCUAUCAGAAAUACUGACCACCUUCUCUAGUUUGCUGGGCUUUAUGAAAUAAGGGUUGUAAAACCUUUGGUAGUGCUAUGUAAGCAAAAAAUGCUGAGCGAUCUGGAAAACGAGAACUUUUUAAUUCAAAUAUACACAUUAAAAAACAAAGUCAUUAACAUUGGGUGUUUUUUCUCAACCUGAUGGUUGUGAAAGGAAUUACAAAUGGAAAUUGAUACAGAUGAGUAGGAAGACCAAAUUAGGCAUAAAAUUCUCACUAGUAAGUAGUGAGGCCUUAAAGAUUAGUGGCAACUGUGUUGAGGCACUGUAAAUAUUAAACUCAUUUUGUUAGUCAUGUUUUUAAGUUGAUUAGGAAUGGUGGUGUAAAUAUCCAUGAUUUGAGAAUUUUCUGUUGUGAGCAGUGCCACAAGCACUUGUGUAAAAUUGCAUCCUGAAAGCACAAGGGAUAAUUUCCACUUGUGUUUUCAUUGGGGAAUAAAAGCAGCAACUGGCUGUGCAAGGUGUUGUAACAGUGAGAAAUUGCAGAAAUUCCUGAAUCCCUCCAACUAUAUUUCUAACUGUAGCACAUUCUUCCCCAGAGGAGAAUCUGAAGUAGUUUUAAGUUCAUUUUGAGUCCAUAAUACAAAUUCAUGGCUGACAGUGGAGUUCAAGUCCUACAACUAGGUUUUUGCAGGGUCAGAUACAGGUUUGAGAGGGCUCUCUGCCAGAUGCCCUCUGCAGACACCCCCCCGCCCCCGGCAACACAAGAUUGAGGAUGAGGAACUGUCACUUAAGUUACUGUGGGCACCAGCAGAAAAGGAAUGCCUCCUCUGGGGCCUGUUCCUUUUAAUUUUCUUUAUUUCCUGGUGCUCCAUUGAGUGUUUGGAAAGAGAAUUUAAUUUUGAGGGAUUGGGGACCCUGGAGGAACACAGAUAGCAGUGCUUCCCCUGCCACUAAUGGCUGACCACCAUGACAACUUCUCUCCUUACCCAGAAUACCAUAGUCAGUCACCUGGAUUAGGAGCGGGGGGAAGCAGCAGUGGCCAGCCAGCAACAGAGGAGAAGCUCUGCACUCUGUACUACCCUGGGUUUCCUGGCCUAUUUCCACUGAUGGGCACCUGCCUAGGAUUGUCAAGGCAUUUCUCUGUCCGUGGCUCGCUCACUUUCUUGCUGCCAGUUGGGCCUCACACCUGAUGUACACCCCAGGGAAGGAAAGGAGCCCGGGGUCAUUGGAGACAAGUAUAAUUACAGUAGCAGCAGCUGUAGCUGCUUCAAUCAGCGCUCAGUGAUUUUUUAAAAAGAGGCUGACAUUAGCCUUGUGAUAGGCCAUGCCAUAUGCUGACGCCAACUAUACCAUUCUGUUAUCAUGACCUUUGGGAUCAUAAUUAUUCAUUUUUUUGCAGGUUGGAAAUGGUUGGGAGAUUUGCCUUCCCACACACUUAAAAAUAAUUAGAGUAUGACUUGGUAGCUUUGAAAAAUGCAGUGUUUUGUAAAAACGAACUGUUCUGCUGCUUGCUGUCCCUUACUGAAACCACAGUUGUUAUGAGAGAAGAUCCAGCAAAUAGGAGUCAGUAGUUUGCCACUGCUAUCUUUCCUAUAGCUUUUCUUCCUACAAGUGGGCAGCUGUUUGAGGCAAAACAGGCAGCAUUGCAUGUGUUUAAGAAAGAAAAUAAAAUAUAUCUGAGGCUAACAAAACUUUUUUGUGUAGUCUUCAGAUAAAGACUUGAGACGGUCAAUAGAUAAGCAAUCUACUGAGAGUGCAGGAGGAAUCUAUCAAUAUGAUAAUUACGAUGAAGUUGCCAUGGACACAGAAAGUGAAACUAACUCUCCUGGUAAGUGUUAACUUACCUAAUGUGUGGAUUACAACAUUUUAUUUUUGCUAAUUUCCUAAAAAAGGUAAAGGUACCCCUGCCCGUACGGGCCAGUCUUGACAGACUCUAGGGUUGUGCGCCCAUCUCACUCAAGAGGCCGGGGGCCAGCGCUGUCCGGAGACACUUGCGGGUCACGUGGCCAGUGUGACAAAGCCGCAUCUGGCGAGCCAGCGCAGCACACGGAAACGCCGUUUACCUUCCCGCCAGUAAGCGGUCCCUGUUUAUCUACUUGCACCCGGGGGUGCUUUCGAACUGCUAGGUUGGCAGGCGCUGGGACCAAGUAACGGGAGCGCACCCCGCCGCGGGGAUUCGAACCGCUGACCUUUCGAUCGGCAAGCCCUAGGCGCUGAGGCUUUUACCCACAGCCCCACCCGCGUCACCUAAUGAACCCGCGUUCCUAAUGAAGCCAUAAUUAAAGCUUGUGUUCCACUGUUUUGUUUACUCAUUUACCUAAUGUUAUGGCUGCUACAUGAAAAAUAAAAAAUUCAAUAGCUGACCCAGCAUAAGAGCAGGAGCAGUAUGUGAUGAGAGAAAUUCCUGCUUAUUCUAUUGUUUGGAUCUCGAUAGUUUUCAUGAAUUGAAGUACAGUCGUACCUUGGUUUUUGAACAGCUUAGUUCUCGAACAUUUUGGCUCAUGAACGCCACAAACCCAGGAGUGACUGUUCUGGUUUGCAAACUAUUUUUCGAAGCCGAACAUCUAAUGGGGCUUCCGUGGCUUCUGAUUGGCUGCAGGAGCUAUCUGCAGCCAAUCAGAAGCCACGCUUUGGUUUUGACGGUCGAAUGGACUUCCGGAACGGAUUCUGUUCGACUUCCAAGGUACGACUGUAUAUAAAGGUUAUAUAAAUAAAAUCUUGCCUAGUGUAACCUUUUGUUUUUUGUUUUCCAUAAUCCUUUUGUAGCAUCAUCUCCAGUGCAGCCUCCGUAUUUUGAAUGCCCUGCUGGAUACUUUUCUCCUACCAUUCCACAAAUAACACUGCCUCUUGCAGCACAGAUUUCAGUAAGUGCUUUUUCAAGAUGGUCGUUUUGAAGUAGAAACAUUUGAAACCAGAAAUAUUGUUAGACCAGCCUAUCUUUAAAUUAUGAUGCGCUUCUCUUUUGUGUGCAUCCCUUCAGGCUGUCUUGGAAGUUAUUUGUUCUGGUAUAUAUUGAAAUGGGACUUGGCCUGGAUCAAAAUUAUUUCUAGUCCCACUCUUAUUACUGAUUAAUGCUAGUACUAAUACUCACUGAGCUUCUAUAUCCUGUGCUACCUAUUUCUUCUACUGGAAAUAUAAAUAAAAAAAUCCCCAGUCAUUAUAUAGCUACUUACUACUAAACUUUUGUGCGUUUUUAGAGUUGUGUUGCUUAAAUGUUAUUUAAGGAACUAAAAUGAAUAAUUAAAAUCACUUACCUGGGAGUAAGUUCAACUGCUUAGUGCAGUCUAGUACUGGCGACUAAUGGUUUUGAAUAAGCAAGUCAUUCUCUGUUAUUUUCUGUCUUGGAAAAUCUUGAUUUUCAACUGCAGUGACUUGGCUUUUGGAGUUGCUGGUGUUUUGUAUUGAAACGUAGCAUGAGCCAAAUGUGCUUGGCACACUAUUUGUGAAGGUCAAGUAGUAAUUAAGCGAUUUCUCUUUUCCUUUCCAACGUUUUAAGGCUUUGCCACCAGGUAGCCAGUUGUACGUGGAAGGUAUUUCAAGUGCUUCUCUUGAGCCACUACCACCCCUUCCUCCACUUCCACCUGAAGAACCUGAACAGCCACCCAAACCGCCAUUUGCAGAUGAGGAGGAGGAGGAAGAAAUGUUGCUGCGAGAAGAGCUACUUAAAUCUCUAGCAAACAAACGAGCUUUCAAACCGGAGGUAUUUCUCACUUCUAAAUGUAGCCACUAGAUGUCAGCCCUGGUGCAGUAUGAUCUGCAUCACACCAGAAAAGUUUUUUGUGUUACUUUGGAAAAACAAAAGUGUGACUGGACAACCUGAAGGUGGCAUGCAGUUCUUUAACCAGCGUAAUCUGUUCUUUAACCUUAAAAGGAGUUUAAAGUUCUCUUGGUUAGGGUUAAAUUUGCUGUAAACUGAACAAGUUGCCUCCCACUUGUUUGUUAUUGUCCUAGCUAUUUCAGCUGGAUAAUUAGUAGGAUUAUGACAUUUCACAUGGUUGAAAUCUGAGCAACGAUUACUUCACUUACCGCUGAUGUUGGCCAUUUCCAUGCUCAGUGGCUUCUCUUGUCGUUAAAAAUCUAUGCCUUCUAAAAUGGCAGCUUCUAACAGGUUGAGCAGGCUUUGUUUGUGUUACGUUUUUGCAGCAUUUGUGUAUUUAAAUAUUUAAAAGCCUUUCACUGCGGCUUUUCUGAUUAUUUAUUUAUUUAUAGGAGAACUCAAGUAAUAGUGGUCCACCUUCACCGCCUUUCCCCAAUAACUCCCAUGCCGUGCCAAGAAGCAAUCUUUCAGCCGUCAGUAUUAACACUGUUUCUCAACCUCGUGUAAAGAACACAAAGAUUAUUAGAGUACCAAGACUCCCACGAACAGUGAUUACGGUAAUGAAAUAUUUUUUACUUGGCUUCAUAUAGGAAGGUGCAUCAUGUUUGAGGUUAACACUGCCAAAGUAGGGCAAGAAACUAACAUGCAAAAACCUAGGUAGUUGGCUUGUGCUGAUUCGGCAGCUGGGAACAGUAGCAUUUUGGAGGUGGGUUAGGUUGGUUCCUGUGUACUGUUUCUUUCAAAGAAGAGCAAGGCCACUAUUCUUAAGAGAGUUGCUCACUCAAAAUUAUUUAACCUUUUAUUUCUUUAGCUUCCAAAGCACAAGUCAGUCGUGGUUACACUGAAUGAUUCAGAUGACAGUGAAUCGGAUUCAGAACAACCCAUCUCUGCUGCUAGUGUGUUUGGUGGCCUAGAAUCUAUGAUCAAAGAAGCUCGAAGGACUGUAGAGGUAAAUAAAAUGGAUGUGGAUGUGGAAAUGACAUUCUUUGAAAAGAGCACAUGAAAUUUAGUUUUUAAAAUCUUAACCUGCAUUUGCUGUGCACUGCAAUUGCCAGCUGUGUAAAACAAACUUCCUUGCCUAUAGGUAGGAGAACAGGAAGGACAGACCCUCCAAGUGUCCCUAUUUUCUAGGGACGUCUCUGAUUUAGAGAAGCUGUCCUGGUUUCUGAUUUGAUCCUGGAAUGUCCUGCUUUUCCUUAGGACGCCCCUGUUUUCAUUGGAGAAAUGUUGGAGGGUAUGGCAUUAUCUGACCCCCAAGCCGUCUGAAGGCAAUCCUGUAUAGGGAGGGUUUUUUAAAAAAAUGUUUUAUUAUGUUUUUAUAUAUGUUGGAAGCAGCCCAGAGUGGCUGGGGCAACCCAGUAAGAUGUGUGGGAUAUAAAUAGUAAAAUGAUCGUUAUGGAAUGGGACAUCCCUAUUUUUAUUGGAGAAAUGUUGGAAGGUAUGGGUAGACUUAAUUGGUUCAGAAGUUACGAGAAACAAAUUAUUCCUUUCAGAGAAGAGUUCAUCCCAGUUCUUGGGCCCACCUUCUGACAAGGAGUGAAAGUCAUUGCCAGCCUUUUAUCUUUAAGUACAUUUUGUCUUAUUUUCCUUCCUGCACCUGAUGUGAAAGCAGGAGCUUAGUAAUUGUUCGCACUGAUCCCUUUGGGUAGCUAUACAAUAAGCAGAUCACCUGUCAGAGCUCCGGGUCUCCUUUCUCAUGUUCUCAUUCAGUGAAGGAGGUCCUGUUUCACACUCUUGCUGGUGAAGACUGCUAGUUGAGCACAGGAGUCGGCAGCACUGCACUGCUUUCUUGUCCUGGCCCUCAUUUUUAAUUGGGGAUAUGAGAUAGUCCAUGCAUAUUUACUUUGGGCUCCAGCAGUGUGGCAGCAGUGUGCCUCUUUCAGUAGGUGUGUGCCACAGCGGGUUUUCCAAAGAAUUGCCCAUAAUAGUCUGUUUACUCUGGAACCCACUGCGGAAUGUGGUUCUGCUUCAGAGUAUCCUUGUUCUGCCUGGUCUUCUACCAUUAAAUGAAAAAGAGAAGUUGGACAUAACUUUACAGAAGGAAUCUUCAUAGCUAGGUAGGAGAGCAUGUAAGAUCUUGCCAGCACUAGAGAAGGAUUUGACUUUUGGGUGGCUGUGGGGGCAAGUUGCAUCCUGUUAAAAUAAGCUAUAACUUGGAUUCAUAAUAUCCUUUUGAAAGUGUUUUUUUGCUACUUACUUUUCCCUUAUAUUUCUCUGGAUAUUCUGGUUCCUUUGUGGAUGGCUCAUUUUUUCCCUCAAGUCUUACACUUAGUUUGUUAUUACUCAAGUUUUUUUCCCCAUUCCAAAACUGGAAAGGAACUCUCCUUUUAAAAGAGGCAAAGUUGGUUGACCCUGCUUUCUGAAUCAGUAGAGUUAAUCCUGUCUUCUAGAUAGAAAGAAACUUUGUGGUAAAUCCAAUUUCCCUUUCUUCAAUAAUUUCAGUUUUUUAUUUCGGUUCCUAUAUAUAACGGUGUUGGAUUCUUCUGUUACAGGCUUCAAAACCCAAAGCACCUUUAAAAUCUGAAAAAGAAAACAAUCCUGUAAGAACCCCAGAGGCCUUACCAGAAGAUAAAAAGAUUGAAUACAGACUCCUAAAAGAAGAGAUUGCCAGGUAUUUGGGCUUCGCACAAUGAAAAUCAAGAAAAGCACGAGUUGUUAGCCAAAAACUGACUUGAUUUAAAAAUCAGUGGCCUGAUGUAGUCAUCCAUAUUUUUUAAUUAUUCUAUUUUGUUUAUUUAAAGCCUUGGUUUUAUUUAUAAAUUAUCUUGUGAGCUGUUCUAAUUCAAAGUGGUAGUGAUAACAAAUCUGAUUUUACUUUCUUGGAAAAUAAGUUUCAGAUUUUUGUCUGAAAACUAAAGUUUUGAAAAUAAUGUGUCUUGAAUAUUUUAGCAGGGAGAAACAACGCCUGAUAAUAUCUGAACCCUUGAAGACAAGUUCAUCACCAGCAAACUCUGACGUUGAAGUUGAUGGGGUUGGUAGGAUAGCAAUAGUAACAAAACAAGUUACAGAUGCAGAGGCAAAACUCAAAAAACACAAGUAAGUCCCCUCAUCUUAAUGGUAACCCUCCGUAGCAAUGGUUAGUAUGUGUUGUUUGUGUGUUUGGGACACUUCACUUUAACUACAUGCAGGUCCCACUAUCUGCCCACUCGUUACGUAAAAAUUCCCUUAUCUGAACAUGAGAACUUUGCAUCCGUACACAUACAAGCUGAUUUAGAUAUCGAAACAGCUGGACCUGCCUAUGAACAAAACACUAUGAGAGAAUGACUUUCCUUAAUCUCAGUGAAAAUAAAACAACAGCUUUAAAGCAGCUCAUUUAGUCCUCUUCUUGCUUGUUUGCCUUUUGCUGGUUGGGGGCAGCCUGUUUGGGUGCUGUGCUCGCUGAUCCUGGCUCCUUAGUUUUCGUUCCCAAUGCCUCUCCCCAGCAGCCAUCCUCGCUCUACCCUUGACUCCGAUCCUCCCCUUAACUUGUGUGCAGAGAAGUUGCUCAUGAAGGAGCAGCACCAUGCAUGAUUGGAACUUCCUGCUAAGCAGAAGGAUUGGAUCUUGAAUGGUGCUGCUCCUUCACAAGCAGCUUUCCUUGUCUGCUGGGAAACUGCAGUGGUGAUCUCCCCACCAGCUCUCUGCUUCUCUGUGCUUUUCUGCCUGUGCCUUCCCACCCCAGCAUAAUGCUCACUGCAGCUUCGCAGCAUUAAAAAAUCCCCCAACAAUAACCUUAAUAUAAACUGUAUUCUUAAAUAAUACCUAGAUACUUUGAACAGUUUAGAUGGUGGCUCUAAUUUCAUACAGCUUUUGUAUAUAGAAAUGAAUAUAGGUGAAAUUUGAACUCCAUUUUCUUUUCUUUAGACUUCUCUUGAUGAAGGAUGAAUCUGUGUUGAAACAUCUAUUGCAGCAAGAGGCAAAGAAGAAAGAGUCUGUUCGUCUUGCUGAAAGCAAGAUUGCAAAACUUAAUGAGCAGCUGCAAGCAGCAGAGAAGAUAUUAAAUGCUAAUAAAGUGUUCUUGAAGAAGCUUCAGGAACAAGUAAGUUGUCAUUUUCUAUAGCACUAUAAAACAUGUUUGUUUAACCAUAGUGUUGUCGGACAGUCAUUUUUUACUAGACAUAUUUCAGACUAAUUUGUUAGCUUAUUUGGUUUAUAUCCAUGCUUGGGUUCAAAUGUGACAUCUGAAGAAUGCAUAAAUGUUUCAGAUCCACAGAGUACAGCAACGAGUAACAGCAAAAAAAGCGCUAGCAUUAAAAUAUGGAGAAGAGCUUGCUCGAGCGAAAGCACUGGCUAGCAAAGAACUUGGAAAACGAAAACUUGAAUAUGAUCAUUUUGGAGUAAGUAUAGCCUUGAAAACUAUAGACCAGAAAACAAGAAUAUUAACCGAGAGUUGAAAUGAACCUCCAAACAUACCUGUGCUUUAUAAUACCAGUUUUCAGUUAUUGGAGAAAGCAUAAGAGAUUGUUGCAUUAUGAACAUUGGCCACAAUCCAAGUAGCAUUCUACUUUUUCUGCUUGCUAAGGAGGGUUUGGAGUUCUUUCUCAAAGGGCACCCAUCCUUGCCACAUGGAAUUUGAAAGUGAGAUUUUCAAAUUCAAUUUGUGAUCCGGCAUAGGGAUCUUUGUGCUCAUUUAUUAUCCUUACUAUUAAAAAGUCAAAUAUCCCAUGAAAUGCGCCUCAUCUGUUGGGUCCAUUCUGGGAAAUAAUAGCUUUCAGAGAUCAUGUUCAACAGAUUUGAAUAUUAAAACUUACGCUACUGUACAUAAAAGCUUGUUAAGACUUCACUUUAUGCUGAGCCUCUGAAAUACAGCAUGAUGUCAGAGACAAUCCCCCUCUGCCCAUUUCAGACCUAAGGUUGGAACUGGGGAAGGCAGUGUGAGGGAUUCUGAACAAUGUGAAAACAUGCCCCUGCUCUCUAUGUAGUACUGAGCUCAGCAGGAUAAAGGCUUGCCUAGUAAAUGCAAAGAAAAAGCUGUCAUUAUGUAUUCAAGGCCACACACUUCUUUCUGCCAGCUCAGAUGGACAAUAGGAGGUAGAGCUGGAGGCUUGGCUUAAAGUUUGUCAGGUGCUCAGAAUAUCCCAUUAGAACAGAGACAAACUCCCAUCUGCUCCCACCAGCUUGGAGCUGCAUGGAGGAUGCAGAGACUGGCUUAGUCUGUGCCCUUGCUGGGAAGCAAACAGAUCAGUUUGGAGGUUGUAUCUGUAUUUGUAGGCCAAGUGCACGUGUUCCAAGCACCUGACAUGCGUAGAGUCAAAACAAAUUCCAGACUGGACUUUGGAUUAUCCAUCCCCUCUCCCUGCUAGUCUAAGUUGGGGAAGAGCCUGGGGUAUGUCACCUUUGCUAAGGACUGAAUGAGCUCUUCCCACGGAGAGCAAAAUUGUGGGUUCUUGGAAAUAUAUUUGAAAUGACAUAGAUUAAUUGAAACACUAAUAGUUAUACCACUGGUAAAUUAUGUUCUGUUUUUCCCAUUUGUAUGUGUGAAUUGUCUGGUAAGAAUUUAAACUACAAAGCUAGUGUUUUUAUUUAUUUAUCUUGUCUGUAAAUGUGAAGUACUAAGAAUUUUGAGUGUCUUUCUUGGCAGCCAAACAAAAUAUUGAAAUUGGAGAAAUCUCCUUCGUCGAGCCCCAAGAAACAUUCAGCAGAACUGAUUGCACUGGAGAAAAAAAGAUUACAGCAACUUCAGUAUGAAUAUGCUCUAAAAAUUCAGCAGCUGAAGGAGGCCCAUGCACAUCAGACUAAGGACCGAUCAAAUAUUCUUCCCGUUACAGAAGAGGAACCUGAAUUUGCACUACCUCAACCUUCCCUUCAUGAUCUGACACAAGACAAACUGACAUUAGAUACAGAAGAGAAUUAUUGUGAUGAUGAAAUUUUGUCCAAUUCCACCAGAGAACGAAGGAGGUCUUUCAGAGAAUCAAAUUCUUCUACUAAACCUAACCUUAAGCACAUUGACACCCCCAAGCAAGAGACUUCAAGCAAACUUUCUAAAAAGAUACUAGAACAACCCGAGCUCUUUUUGGGUCUGAAUAUUGAUGAACUGAAAAAACUUCAUGGGAAAGCUGAUGGCUUAAAAGAUCUCUUGAGAGAAAAUACUAUGCUUACGGUUUCUAAUGAAGAAAACUUACAUGGGCAGGUAAUUCAGUGUACUAAUUAAUACUAAAAGAUCAAGGUUUUUUUUAAUGAAUUACUGCGGCUUGAGUCUCUGUAUGGUUAUAUAUUGUAUCUUUUCCCUAGGAAAUAAAAGUGGAUGUAGACCCUUUCACAGCUCCAAGUAAACAAACAGAAGGGAAGCCAUAUCCAUUUGGACCUUAUCAUAGCCCACUUCUUGUUUUUAAAUCUUACAGGUAUGAAUACUGAGUUGAGUAAGGAUGCUAUGUUGCAUAGCGGCUUUGAGUAUGGUUGGGGAUUUCUGUUGUAAACUCCUUUAUAUGAAAGGAUGGUGAGCUUUGGAGUAGCAAUGGAGAACAGAGUUGUAGAACUAUAGCUACAUUUAUGAUUCUUGAAGAGGAAGAGCUCUGCAGAUGUGAGAAAUUAGAGUUUGGUAGCAAAUGUUGCUAAAUCGCUGUUGUACAGUGGUGCCCCCAAGACAAAUGCCUCGCAAGACGAAAAACUCGCUAGACGAAAGAGUUUUCCGUUUUUUGAGUCGUUCCGCAAGACGAAUUUCCUUAUGGGCUUGCUUCGCAAGACGAAAAGUCUUGCAAGUUCUUGAGAGUUUGUUUCCUUUUUCUUAAAGCCGCUAAGCCAUUAAUAGCCGCUAAGCCGCUAAUAGCCGUGCUUCGCAAGACGAAAAAACCGCAAGACGAAGAGACUCGCGGAGCGGAUUAAUUUCGUCUUGCGAGGCACCACUGUAUUUGUAAUUAUUGGACUUUCAUUUAGAACAUCAAACACCAAACUGUAGACAAUUUAAAUGCAUUACAUGAAGAGGACACAUACACAUGUAAACAAAAAACAAAAACAGCUACAAAAUACAUAUAGAAUACAGUUCUCUCUUAAAAGUGGGUGGUAAGAAUUAAGAACUACCAGCUGACUUGGUCUUAAAUACUUUCGUGGAUGAAAGAAAAACAAGCUUCUAUUCCCUUUUGGGAUGAACAGCAGGUGAUGCUACAUAUCUGCUUAUGGUUAUGAUUAUUUUUGAAAAGUGAUAUAGGAUUCAAUUUUAGUAUCGUUAGUACAUGUUCGUGUGUUAACCAUGAGCUAAUUGUAUUGGCCUGGAAAUAUUAACAUCUCAUGUUUUUACUUUGCUUAGGUUUAGUCCCUAUUUUCGAACAAAAGAAAAGCUUUACCUCAGUUCAGUAUCCUACAGCAAUAUGAUUGAGCCUAAACAGUGUUUCUGCCGUUUUGAUCUAACGGGUACAUGCAAUGAUGAUGAUUGUCGAUGGUGAGUGAUUCUCCCUUUCACCUCAUACUUCUUUAAUUGAAUGAUCUCUACUGCAGAGGCUAUUGCCUUGGGUUUCCAAGCAAAUUUGUCAUUUGAUUAAGAAAGAUUUUUGUCUGCUGCAAACCAGUUGCUUAUGUUAAAAGAAAAGGAGUGUUCAUUGAAUAACCUGUUUCACUUUUGUAUCCUGGAAAGGAUGGGAAUGAGGAGAAAGGUGCACAGAUGGCUUUUUUGGCCAUGGCAGUGGAGGGAAUCCCUGACCUUUGCUCUACAAACAGAUGCAGGAAGAUGAGUUCCAAAGUGCCUUUUGCAGAGUUUUGAAGGCCUCUUAAUACAAGCUGGGGGGGGGGGGGAAUUUUGCCACUAUUUUCUUGAGCAUCCCUUGAAUAUACUGUUCCAAGAAAAAUAGAUCAUUUUCUGCCCAGAGCAGAAGGGAUUUAGCUUCUAUAUGAAGGCAUCAGAAUCUGCCUGUUCAGGUGUGGUUUUGCUGUAGUGUGUUUGUGUCCUGCUCUGUGUGUAAAAAGAAAUGAACCUGGGGUACAGUUAAAGAAAUCAGUACAGUGGUACCUCUGGUUACGAAUGCUUCAGGUUACGAGCUCUGCUAACCUGGAAGUAGCUGCUUCUGGUUGCGAACUUUACCCCAGGAUGUGAACGGAAAUCUUGUGCGGAGGUGUGUGCACAGCGGGAGGCCCCAUUAGCGAAAGCAUGCCUCAGGAUAAGAACGGUUUCAACUUAAGAACGGACCUCUGGAAUGAAUUACCGUAAGUUCAUAAUCAGAGGUACCACUAUAAUGGUAAGAACUUAUAUACCCAGGAGCAAUAGACAGUGUUCUGAACUGCCGGCAGCCAAAGCCCCAAAGCACGUUCUCAUUCACCCAGCCAAGAAAUAAUAUGCAUGGUUAAAUGCCCAGCGAUCCUUUCUCCCAUAGUUAGGGUUUUGAAGCAAGGCUCUUGGAGAAGCCUUAAUCAAUGGAGUGAAGUGGGGUGGGGACACCUACAGGAAAAGAAAGUCAUUGCUAUUUGUGUGUGUUUGCAGUCCUUUAGAAGUGUUAGAAUAACCCAUUUAGUCUCCUCAUCAAUUCUCAUUUUAUACACAUUCUUCAGUUUUGAUGUUAGAUGGUAUUUGAAAUCUAUUAUUAUUAUUAUUAUUAUUAUUAUUAUUAUUAUUAUACCUGUUCACUGGAUCGAAUUGGGAAUUACAAACUGGUUGCCUGAAUGGCUGGACCCUGCCCUCAAAACGCUUGUAUUCAGCUGCUUGUAGCCGUAUCAUAUUGACAUAUCUGUGUGACCUUAUUUAAACUCAGAUGAUAGCUAACAUUUGAACGUGAGGUACAGUAUGUCGGAGAUGCUCUUCAAAGUUCACUUUGCUUUUGAGUAAUAAAAAGUUUGAGAUGUGUUCUGUAAUGCACUGGGAUUUCUGAAGUCAGUCCUAAUGAGUAAUAGUGGCACCUGAGUAUUAGGUGGAGUGCAUAUGUACACUAUCCUGUCUUUUAUACACUUGGCUUGCAGCUGCACACUUAUUGGAGUUUCUGGAAAUGUUUUAAAUGCUGUUUGAAAAUAACAUUCACUUACUUUAGGUAUGAUGUUCACAGAGUCCUUGGCUGAUUUUUAAGUGGGAUUAUUUUUUAUUUCAGGCAACACAUGAAAGAUUGCACUCUCAGCCGAAGACAGCUGUUUGAAGAUGUUCUUUCAUACAAUUUAGCUCUCAUAGGCUGUUCAGAAAAAAGCACGGAUGAAGAGAUAAGCACUGCAACAGGUAUGUUGCUUGUUGGUCUUGCCAGCAAAGCAAUUUAGUUCCGCAAUUAGGUAUUCUGGUUUCAUAGCCAAAAGUUAAGGAAGCAAGCUGCUUCCUAAUGCAUGCUUUCACUCUGCACUAUAUUAAUAUUAAACAAAGUGUGAUUCCGCCUUCUGCUGUCAUGUGUAAAUCUGUAGUUGCUUUUUACUUUUCACCUGUGUAAACUUUCAGCAAAAGAUAAUAAAAGUGAAAAGUAUUUGCAGUUGUAUUGAUGGACAUUGAUGCCACCAUUUUGAAACAAUUUGUAGUGUUAAAAGUUUCAUCAGAGUUCUGUGGAUUUGGUCAUAGAUAUACAGUAUGAAUACAUAUAGUUGUAAAUUACUGAUAACAAUAUGUGUCUUAGAUAUUGCUACCAUCUUAUUUCAGAAAAAUAUGUUGAAAAACUGUUCGGUGUGAACAAAGAUCGCAUGGCGAUGGAUCAAAUGGCUGUUCUUCUUGCUAGUAAUGUCAAUGAAAGCAAAGGUCACAGUAAGUAACUUUUAAUAUCUCAAGAUCCAGUCUAUAGCAGUAUUCAGUGGGGUGUUUUUUUUAAAAAAAGUUGUAGCUCGAUAAGCGAGAUUUGCUUUGAUGAUAAAACACGAUGCAAAGAAUUUAAUGUAUACUUCAAUUUAAUCUCUUUUGCAAAUAGCCCCUCCGUUUACAACUUGGAAAGACAAAAGGAAAUGGAGACCUAAGCACUGGGGAAAAACUCAUUUGGACAGUGAUAUCAGCAGUGAAGAGGAACAGUCUUCUGGACCUAUUAAAUAUGGUAGCAUUAAUUAUUAAAUCUGGAAUGUUAAGAGUAAUUUUGAAAAAGGGCAAAAAAAUGUACUCGAACACAUUUACUUGCCCUGUAAUGAUAAAACUGAUAUAGGCAUAUAGAGCUGGUGUCACAGGUAGGUGGCACCAUUUCCAUACAGACCCAGUGAAACUUAGGUUUGAAAAAAUCAUUCUGUUGCCUACAAUGGAAGACUUUUUUGAUGCCUAAUUUCAGCAGGGGGCGGGUUGUUAUAGGAUCCUGCUGGAGCUAGGAAAGGCCUCUGCAAGUAUACGUGUGUCUGUAGUCACUGUGUUGGCUUAGUUGUCAAGAGUCCUGUGCCUGAGUCAGUUAGUCAUGUUAAUUGGAGGAAAGUGUCCUGAACAUCUUGCACUGCUGUCACUCAUGAUUCAGCACUGACUCACGUAACGAUAAGAAAAAAAUCAAAAUGUUUAAAUAAAAUUCUCAUAGAAUGUUAGACAAAAGUAACUCAGUUUAUUUUGCCAUAACAAUUACUGUGUGUGUGCUCAUACAUACUAUUUUUAUAAGUGUAUUUGGCUUUUAGUAGAUAGCUUUUUAUUCACACUGAAGUCAUAAGUUGCUGCAACUUAAAAUGAAAGUUGGAUUUCAAAUCAUGAAAGUUGUGACAAUCCUUAAAAAAAGAGAAUUGUUUUUAUUUGCAGCUCCCGCAGUACAGAACAGAAUAAAUCUUCCUGCUCUGGAUGCUGUUGUGACGCCGGAUGAUGUUAGGUAUUUUACAAAUGAGACCGAUGACAUUUCAAACCUGGAAGCAAGUGUACUUGAGAACCCAUAUAACGUUCAGCUUUGGAUCAAAUUGGCCUACAAAUAUCUGAAUCAAAAUGAAGGGUGGGUAAUUCUUUCUUUGCAAACAAAUCAGUUGCACUUUUUGUCUCAAGCUUCUCACCUGUGCUGUUGGAAGCAAGCUUUGUCGCUAGCAUCAAAGGACGCUUUGUUUCUUUGGCCAGUGUACAAAUAGGUUAUUGUUUUAAAGCAAUGGGGAGUGGAAUUGAUUUGCUCUUUUGUUGUGCACAGUCCAGAGUAAGCAUAAUAAAUUAUUAUUAUUAUGCUUUAAAGUGCUUCAUUUCAGCAUGGAAAUAGUGAAAAGGGGUUUCAUUUUAAGAAAAAUGAAGGAUACAAUUGAUUGGAUUUCUAAGGUUGGUUUUCUUAAUUCAUGAUGAUAAAAUGGAAAACUCCUUAAGCAAGAUGGUAGAAGUCAUUUUCAGAUGUUUUACAUUUACAUCAGGAACCAGCAGGUGUCUGAGAGUAUUGGCAACAAACUGCAGUUGUACUUUACCAUCCACAAGUGCCUUAGAGUUACCGUGCAAGUUCCCUGUUCUUCCUCUCACUGCUGCAUUUCAAAUCCCUCAAACUGUUUUAAAUACAGAAGAGAAAAAGGUGUUGUAUGAAGUGCAGAGAGCUUCUGAAAGGGAAAUGCGUGUGCAUGCCUUGGCAUUGUACCAUGAAACUGAGAAUGUGAAAAUGAAUAUAUUGCUUUCCUUUCUUAUUGAAGAUCAUCCUCCGAACGCUUGGAUUCCGCUUUAAAUGUCCUGGCUCGAGCACUAGAAAAUAACAAAGAAAAUUCUGAAGUCUGGUGUCAUUACCUCAAGCUAUUUUCAAAAAGAGGAAUAAAGGAAGAGGUGCAAGAAAUGUGUGAGACUGCAGUGGAAUAUGCUCCUACUUACAAGAUUUGGUGGACAGUAAGUUUGAUCACUGGAAAAACUAUAUGUAGUAAUUAUGAAGUUAGUACACAUUUGCACUCUACAUCUCACUUCCAUGUAUGUUUCAUUUGAAGGCUUCCACUAAAUAGCUUUUACAGCUCAAAAAGAACUUUUACAAAAACUUCUUAAACUUAAGAUUUCCUUUUUUCUGCCACAGGGAAUAUAGAAUCCCAUAAAAUGUACCAGGCAAAUGGAUGCCCGUUUGGGGUUCCUUUCACAUUACCUUGCACCCAAACUUUCCCCCCAACAUCAUGCCUCCAGGAUAAUAUGUGAUACAGUGCAAUUGGCUGUAGUUGAAAGCAAACCAAAGGUGACUACAACUAAUCCAGAAUGCGGCAGCUAGACUGGUGACUGGGAGUGGCCGCUGAGACCACAUAACACCGGUCUUGAAAGACCUACACUGGUUCCCAGUAUGUUUCCGAGCACAAUUCAAAAUGUUGGUGCUGACCUUUAAAGCCCUAAACGGCCUCAGUCCAGUAUACCUGAAGGAGCGUCUCCACCCCCAUUGUUCUGCCCGGACACUUGAGAUCCAGCGCCGAGGGCCUUCUGGCGGUUCCCUCAUUGCGAGAAGCCAAGUUACAGGGAACCAGGCAAAGGGCCUUCUCGGUAGUGGCCCCCACCCUGUGGAAUGCCCUUCCACCAGAUGUCAAAGAGAACAACAACUACCAGACUUUUAGAAGACAUCUGAAGGCAGCCCUGUUUAGGGAAGCUUUUAAUGCUUAAUAGACUAUUGUAUUUUAAUAUUCUGUUGGAAGCCACCCAGAGUGGCUGCUGCUUCUUCUUAUUAUUAUUGUUAUAUCUCUGAAAUGUCUCUGUGCAUACACAGAAGCACUUUAGACAUUUGCACACAGCUAUUUAGAUCCAGAAACAAAAUGAGAUGAAUCCUCAAACAUUUUAUCUUUCUUAACUGCCCUUCAGUUUCUAAAUCUGGAAAACUCAUUUGAUGGAAAGGAUUAUGUAUGUGGGAGAAUGCUACAGUUCCUGAUGGAGAGUCCAAAAUGUGAAGAGAAUCUGGAUCUUCGGUCCUUUCACUUGCUGGAGAUGUUGCUGUAUAGAGUUCACCUAAGCCUUUUUACUGGGAAAUAUCAAAAUGCUGUUGCGUUAUUCCAGGUACUUGCUUAUGUAUAUCAUGUUACGGUGAUUUUUUGGCUUUGGCAUCCAUUGCUGUUUUGUCCUAUAUAUCUAGUUUGAAGGUAAUGUCCCUGCUGCACUAUUCAGUAGCAGAUGAGAGCAAUUUCAUACGGACCAGAGUGUGCUUCCCUACAGUUAUGAAAAAAUGCUUGUAAAUAUAUAAGAUCACAAAAUCUCCACCAUUUUUACUGGGUCUUCUAGGGAGCAGGGACUUCAGUAGUCUAUAAUACUGUCUGUGAUUACCGUAUUUUUCGCACCAUAGGGCGCACCGGACCAUAGGACGCACCCAGUUUUUAGGGGGGGAAAUCAAGAAAAAAAAUAUUCCCCUAGCCCCAAAGAGCAGCGUACAGGCUGCGCACAACCUCUCCCUGCCGGAGGGGUUGAGCGGGGCUAUGGCACAAGCCAAGGCAGCAAGCAGGAUGGAUCCCGCUCGCUGUUUUGGCUUCCUCUUUAGACCCGUGCAGCCUCUCCUUGCCGGAGGGGUUGCGCGCAGCUAUGGAGGAAGCCAGGGCAGCGAGCGGGAUGGAUCCCGCUCGCUGUUUUGGCUUCCCCUUUAGCCCCAUGCAUCCUCUCCUUGCCAGGAGAUGCUGCCCAGGGCUAAAGAAUCCAUAGCCCCGUGCAGCCUCUCCUUGCCGGAGGGAUUGCACGCAGCUAUGGAGGAAGCCAAGGCAGCGAACGGGAUGGAUCCCGCUCGCUGUUUUGGCUUCCCCUUUAGCCCCGUGCAGCCUCUCCUUGCCGGGAGACACUGCGCAGGGCUUUCCUGGCUUUACUGGGAGGUGGGGGGAUUCCCUCACCUCUUGCAAAAGCCCGCAGAAGCCACGCAACCCCUUUAAAGAGAUCGCGGCUUCUCUUGGCUUUCUGGGAGGUGGGAGAAGGGACUGAUGCGGCCAGUCAGUCCCUUCUCCCUCCUGUGGAAAAGCCCGCAAGAGCGCACGGAGCUUGUGUGCGGCUCUUGGGGGCUUUCCCUGACUGCCUCCUCCCUGCAUUCGCUCCAUAGGGCGCACACACAUUUUCCCUUGCUUUUUAAGAGGGAAAAAGUGCAUCCUAUGGUGCAAAAAAUACGGUAAAUGUUCCUCUGUCACAUGGUCUACCCAGUGUAAUAUAUGGCCGUUGCAUACAGUUUUCAACAUUUGUGUCUUAUGCCAUCUCAGUCCUUGUAGAAAUAGUUUUAACUGCAAAUUUAUUUAUUUCACAACAUUUAUAUGCUGCUUAAUUGUAAUACUGUAAAACCUUAAAGCAUUUUUUAAAAAAAUGUGAGACUUGGAUACAGAACAAAUUAGGCCAGGCAAAUUUCUAAAACCUGGAAUUCCCCAAUUGUGACCAUGGGAUCUGUUUAGUGAAACAAAACAUUCAAGCUUGAUUGCUAGAUUAUAUUUCUAUGACUAGGCAUAAUAUAGCAAGGUUGCCCGUUAUUUAAGCUGUCAGAUUUAAUCAUCAUAUAACUUUCUUCUCCGCAGAAUGCACUGAAGUCAGAAAGUGAACCGGUUUUGGUGCAACAUCUCACCAUAAGUGACCGCUGCUUAGCUUGGUUAUCCUAUAUACAUCUGAUUGAGUUUGGCGAUCUCCCCAUCAAGUUCUAUGAUCCUGCCAAUAGCAACCCUUCAAAAAUAAUGAAGAAGGAGCCUUUUUUAAUACCUUGGAAAACAAUUGAAGAUGUGAAAGCUGAUCCUGAUACUUUGUUAGCUGUGUUUGAAGGUGAGGUUACCCAUUUAAAUUCAGCUGUGGUUUAUUUCUUGAAUUAAUACUGAUAGAAUAUCUAAAAUAAUUGUGCUACGGUUACGCAUGCAGUGGGCUUUUGCUUUUCAGUGUGUAGUCUCUUGUGGUCUUCAUUGAUUCAGAGGCAGUUUGCUUAUGCUUAUCAUGUAUAGGAGAAGCCAUGACUUCUGUCCUUACAAGUCAUCUGGGACCAAUCCCAUGGAGCUUGCUUCUAAGUAGAAUCCAUGUAUUUUGCAGCAAGACAGUUUAUUGUAGUGGAUCGUGCAGACUGGCUUGAUAAUUUCUUCCUAUAGGUUUAAAAAAUGUAACAUUUGCAGCAUUGAUAGCCAUACAAACUGCAGCGUGAAGAACGGCAGGCUGGUUGGAGUGAGCUGUUGAAUGGAUGCUGGGAGGCCCUUCAUCUUGAAGUUUAGCAUGCUGUUGGGGGAAGUUCCUUCUCCCCCUCCCUUAAAUGCACCAGCAGAUAGGUUAAAGGAAAGGGCCCUUUACCUUGUUUUUUUAGCAAGCAGCUGGGUGAAGGGCCUCCCCCUCCUUCCAAAGGGGGGAGGGCUUGGGGGAGCUGUGGAAGGAUAGGCGGGGUGUGUGUGUGUAAAGGGAUGGAGGGAGGGGGGUUGGUCAAGAAUGUGGGAAGGGGAACGGGCUUGUGAGCGCAGCAAGCAGGGAAGGCAGUAGUAAAUAAUAGUAAGAGGAAUCUGUUUACAACAAGUAACUGAACUGAGACACAGCUUCCUACUGUGAUCCUGCAUGUUCAGUAAUGCACAUGUAUGUACACAAAGGAAAUUCUUUAAAUGUUCAUAAAAAAUAAUUUUGCUUUGAGAAAAAUCAGUGAUAAUUGGAAGACUGGCUUUGUUGCUUUCUUAACAGUUUGGAGGAACUCAGAUCUUAUUUUAUCUCUUCCGGUUUUUAAAAUUAUUUAUUAUUAUUAUUAUUCGUUGGUAUUUUUGUAAUGGGAAUUGAAAACUUAAUUUUGUCUGCUUGGAUAAUUUACAUCUUCACCUCUUAAAAGAAACUUUGAAAUUAUUUUAUACCUAACUAAAGCACAAUGACUGAAAUGAAAUGCAUGACUACAUUGUCUCCCCAUCCCCCCCAAAACCCCACCAAAAUACAGGUGUAUUUAUACAUUAACAUAAGCUUUUUAUGUGGUAAAGCUUUGUAUUUGUGAAUGUGUACUUGAUGUUUGCUUGUUUUUAGAUGCCAUCCAGUCAUGCACCAGUGAGGAUUCUGCAGCUGAUGAAAGAGUAGUUCUCUGUCUUCCGCUAUAUAGAAACAUGGUCAUUUUGCAGCAGCUGUUAGAAAGGUAAGUCACUUGCAAAAUUGCUAUUUUUUAUAUGCUGUGUUAAGCAUUAUGGGUUAUAUUCAACUAGGUUUUACUCAGAGUAGAACCACUAUAAUUAAUUGCUGCAAGUUAGCCAAGCCAAUUAAUUUAAAUGGGUCUCUUCUGAGUAAAAUUUAGUUGAAUACAAUCCUUUGUACAAAAAUGCAUGGUGAGUGACAAUUUCCCAUUUUUCUGGUAUUAACACAGAUGAAUAUAGCAGCACUAAGAAAGGAGGUUCAUGCCCAUUGUUAUGAUUAAAAAAGAAUAGGUAAUAGGAAAAGAGUGUAAUAGUUCACAAGAUUAUCUUGGAUGUUGUUCUUCUAGGUCACUGUCUUUUUUAAAAUAAGAUAAGUAAUUGCUGUUUUUCACUGUUUUCAUUCAAGGUGGGAAGCUGCUAUUGAGCUUUGUAAAUCACUUUUGAAACUAAACCCCAUUGACUGUCGGCUGCUAGAAGCACUAGUUGGUUUGUACUUGCAGACUGGCCAGAUGGAAAAAGCAUGUGACGUGUGGCUUACAGCAUUUGAGAAAAACCCUCAAAAUGCCCAGGUUUUCUACUUUAUGUGCAAAUUCUUCAUUCUGCAGGUAAAACACCAAUGACUUUAUUCAGCUUUUUGUAACUGGUUGGAGAGAAACCCAAGUUUAUUUAAUAUAAAAUGGUGACAUUCAGAGUACAUUACAGUGAAAGGAUUUGACCAGGAGUUUGAUUUUCAGACUUUAAGCAGCUGAGUUUUUGUUUUGCCUAAAGUUGUUGUUGCCCACAAAUGCUAAAAACAAAGAAAGCUGGAAUGUGAAUCUGAAGGGAGUGGUUUAUUGGACGAUGUAGAACAGCCUUCUUCAGAUGAUUGGGACUCAACUGUUAUCGGCUCCAGCUUGGGUUGGUGAGAGCUGUAGAGGAAAACAUCCGGUUGGGGCACGCUGGCGUUAGAAUGUGACACAGAUGUUGCAACAGUCGUGUGUGACUCUUUAUCCUUCUUUUGUAAUGUGCAAAAGGGUGAGCUGAUGAAUCUAACCUAUGGAGAGAUGAAAAAGUUCAUCCUUGAAUGUUAACCAUUUGAAGCACUGCAGAAAAUUUAGGUAGCAUUCUGCUUUUGGGUAAUGUCUGCCCACCAUCUGCAUUCAUGGUUUUGAAAGAGCCAUUAAAAUGUAUUACGCAGAAGUUUGAUUUGCUCUUCACAUUUUGUAACUUUAGUCCAAUGUCACUUACUCUCUCAUGACAGAAUAGAUCAGAUAGUAUUCCUCCACUGUUGCAAGCCUUCGUUGCAGCAUUCUUUGAGUGUGUGACUCGAGACAACAGUCCUGUGGAUCUGUUACGGUAAGUCUGGCAAGCAAACUAAUCAUUCCAUGCUGCUAUGAGCUCGGUUUAUGUGAUGCGUUGCUCGGUUCCGUUUAUAAAAUUUCUGUAUGGUUACUUGUAAAAACGCUUACGUUACACACUGCCAUUUUGCACAAACCUUAGUUUCUUGCAGAACUUUAUGGCGAUGCUGUCCUUAGAUUUCUCAUUACAGUGAAAAGCAAUUCACAUGUUACUUUAUUAUUUGUCAGUUUGUGUGUUGAGUGUAAGGCAACUAGUGCUUGUGAUAUAAAAGUAGACAAAUACUUUUAGGAAAGUGGUGCACAGCUAUGUCGAGAGAAGCUAUUAUUUCUUCAGAUAUUCUUCCAGAAUCUUUUAGCACCCUGUAAUUAUUGGCACAAACCCCAUUUACAUAUGAGGUAGCCAGGUUACGUAGCUGAAACUGAUGCUGCAAACAGGAAGAUAGAUUUCUGCAACACCUCAGGCUUUUGAAAUAAGCCUUGCAGCACCCUAUGUUGGGGUUGUUAUGGGAGCCUAUGUUACCUUAUGUGUUUCUGUAACUUAAUGAAAACACUGCAUUUGAGGUAAAAAGUUUAUUAGUCGGUUGCACAUAGUGCAAGGCUUCUUUAUUUGCCAUGUUUAUAUAGGUAUGUAUAUGUCCAUACACGUAAAAUACAAGUUUUGAAAGGAAAACAAGCAAAUAAGCAUAUACCGUAAUAAUUGCACAAUUUUCAAAAAAAUACACCAUAUUAUGACUAAAUUUUAAAUAAAUGUUAAUAUUUUAAUUCAGAAUAUUAUGAAUAAACAAAUAAGGAAAACACAGGGGGGAACCCCAACAUACUUAAUAUAUUUAACAUAGUCAAUAAGGAGAAGAUAUUUAUAUAUUGAUAAUAUUUUGCUUAAGAGACAUUAUUUUAUUCUUCUUAUUAAAAUUGGUAUACCGCCGUAUACCUGCAGGUGUCAGGGCAGAUCACACAUAUUUAUAUGUUCUCAUAAGGUUGUGAAAGGAUUAUAACAAAGCCUUCUUCAGACAUCUCUUUAAAAGCAUAUUAAGCAUAGCUUAAAUACAUUUCUUUGGUAUCUCCUUCACUGUUUUGUUUUCACUUGGAAUCAAACUAGAUACCACAGUAAUCCUUGGCGCAAGGGAAUGCAGAAAAUCAUGAUUUUGAAACGCAGCUAUGCUCUACACUACAGAUGGGAAAACUAGACAAGCAGCUACCGUUUUCAGUGGCUGCCAUGUGCUUCUUCCAAAUUCUAGUCUGGCUCUUACUCGCUUGGAGAUACACAUAGGUGGUGUGUCCACUCUUUGCUCAGAUUGCUUCAGGUUAGGAUUGUUUCGGUGUAGUGAACAUUUGUCACACUGAAUAAGGACUCUUUGUUCUAGAUAUUUUUUGAAUUUCCCAAUGCCAAUUGAAUUCACACCGCCUAUGUAUAAGGGAAGCUUUACAGAAGAGCUUUUAAACCAGCAAAUUCCUUACUUGUGGCAAAUAUACUGGUGAGUUUUUCCAAAGUCUGAUAAUUUUUUUAAUAUUGCAACACUUUCUAAGUAGGGAACUACAGAUUGUAGAGGAGGCAGUUAAUCUUGUAUUAUAUAUAAUAAGAGCAAAUAUAAGGAGUGCCAUGGUUGUCCUAGUUUCUGCCAGUAUCCUUUAGGAUUUUGGUAUUUCUGUCAUGAACAUACACCAUGCACUGCUUUGCUUGCCCUUUCUUAUGCUAUUUAGUUUGCAGUUUGGUGUUACAAACAUCUGUUGUAGUUUUUUUACUUAAAACACCAUGAAGUUGGCUGUGUCUAAGUUUAAAAUCAGAAGACAGAUGUGCUGCUUGAGCCCUGUGUCCCACACUUUAGUUUUGAAUUAUAUAUAAAUGGAAGAGAGAACUUCUUAGAAGUACUUAGGCAGCUGCCAAAAUCCCUUUCUUCAAGUGCUUAGAUUCAUAAAGUGUAAGGAAUUUCUACUAAAAUACUCUCAUCAUCUGCAUUGUUGGCCGCAGUAUUUCUCUUGCAGACAUUCAGUCAAAAAGAGAUGAAGAGCUGUUUUGCUGCCUUACAUUAACUACAUUAAUUUCAGUAUUAAUUAUUGCCUGUUAACCACUGUGAAUAGUUAAAGUGUUGAAACACUUUUAAAACUAGGAAACGUUUUGUACCUCUGAUCAUUUUUUGUGGCUUAUACUUGCAUAUAAUGUCAAGCUUCUCCAUUGCCCUUUUCUUUCACAAAAGGCAUGUAACAGUUUCAAAAAAGCUAACGCUGUUUUCUUUCAAUGAAAAAUAGCUUAUACCAGUCUCUUCAUGGAAGUUCUGGCGAUGCAGUGGAUGCUUAUGAGGCAGCUCUGGGAGCAGUUAUGCAAGAGGAAAUAGUUCAGCAGAUUUGGAUAGAGUAAGUUUAAAUGACGAGACAUUAUAACUGUAAAAGUAAUGCAUUUGGAAGUGUUAACACCUGGGUUUCUUUCUUUUUCAGUUACCUUGUUUUCAUCAAUGGCAAGGUUGUCAGAUCUAACAAUCAAGUUCAAGAAUUCAAGCUUUUUACAGAUCUUGUGAACAGAUGUCUUGUUACAGUCCCCACCCGUUACCCUAUUCCAUUUAGCACCGCUGAUUACUGGACCAACUAUGAAUUCCACAACAAGGUAUAAGUGUUUUGGUAAUUCAGUUACAGGACUCUGUAUAUAAAACACGUUAUGCUAAAAUACAUGUAGGGUUUCCUUAGUAUUUUGUUCAACAUAUUGCGCUAAAAUACCAGUUCUGUAAGGGAAAUGAGAACUGUACACAUAUACAAAAGCUCCUUGCUGCAGAGUGUGUGUGCACAUCUGUGCAGUGGCUAAAUUUGUAGAGUAUCAACUUCUCUAAAAUGUUUUGUAGGCUGGGGAUUGGCGAACUGUAGAAGCCUAGUGUUGCUGUAUAGGGAAGGGUUGUCUGUCUCACUUUCCUUUCAGAGCUGACCUCCUUCAGGUUCCUUAGGCUGCUUGGAGAUCAUCCUUGGCUAACACCUCUGAAAUGCUGCGUCAGCUGGUGUCUCUUCCACCAGCCCUCCCUACUUUUUGAAGGACCCCAGCAUUUGCUCCAGCAUUUGCUGGAAAAGUGCAAAUUCCCCUGUGUUCUUCUUGCUGUGGUUCAUCUUUGGGGCCACUGGUACCUGGAAGAGCUAUUUGUAGAUGCUGCUACUAACUCAGUGCCACUGUCUUCGUCAUCAAACUCAAGAGAGAGUGCACAUCAGUGUUGGAUUUGUGAACAAAGCAGGCAGCUCGAAUGAUCUAACUUCUUGAAAAUUAACCUUUACAGGUUAUUUUCUUUUAUCUGAGUUGUAUUCCGAAGUCUCAGCAUUCCAAAGAAUUGGAAAGAUUUUGCUCUACCAUGCCUGCUAAUCCUGGACUUGCAUUCAGGUAAGAGAAUAUUGGCGGAAGCAUUUAGAAGCAAGUACCUGUUUUCCCCAAUGCCCUUUAAAAAAGUUACUUGCCAUCUUCUAAGCUGGAUGGCUGAGUGGGGCUUUCUUUGAAGAAAAAAAAAAUUCUUCACAAAGAUUAGAUCUGGAAAUAAAUAGUCUAGAGCAGGGCUUGGGUCUCCAGCUGCUUUUGGACUACAAUUCCCCUCGUCCCUGACCACUCGUCCUGCUAACUGAAUGAUGGGAGUUAUAAUCCAAAAACAGCUUGGAGACCCAGGUUUGGGAAACCCUGGUAUAGAGCAAAGAGAACUAAUACAUAAUAUGAUUUCUAAGCCUUCCUACAAAGUGAAAUAAUACUUGUUAACAAAAAAACAGGAGGAGAGGAAUUUAGUGUUGCUCUUAAGGCAGAGCUUUCCAAACUUUCUCAACACUCCUCCCGGGACUGGAAAAGGGUUAGUUUGCUAGUAAAACUCAAUUACUGUGUCACAAAAUGAUGUGUGUCUAAAAAGUGUGUCACCAACAUGAAAAAUUUGGAAAGCCUUGCUCUAAGGUGAUCAUUACAUUAGGGCAAGCAUUUUGGUUUGCCAGAUAGAACAGUCUCCCCUUCCCCCCCUGGCAUUACGUCUGGGUUUGUGGGACUCAUUCUUAGACCAAGUAUUCUACAGUAGGUUUAUAAGAACACUGGACAGAGAGGCUUCACCUGUUAUUCCAAAGUAGUAUAAUUACAACUAUUAUUGUGAAAGUCAUACAGAAAACGAUUAUUUCAAGUUAUUGAUGCUAAAGGUGGUUCUUCAAGCUAUUGAGUGAUAAGGUGUACUUAGUUUUUCACACAUGGCUUCUCCAUUUGGGCUUUAUUUUUGUUAAAUAAACCAUGAUACAAUAUGAUGUCCUGAUGUGUACAACCACAACAGAGGGUGUACUUUCUUUUCCCCCUAACGGCACUCUCACUUGCAUCUCUUCUCCCACCUCCCCCCACCCCGUUCAAGCUUUUAAAAGAGCUUAGUAUUACUGCUUUACAUUCUUAUUCAGCACUGCAUGUUUCCCUUUGCUCCUUUGUCACUGCAGGCUGCUUCAACAACACUGGGAAGAGAGCAAUGUCCAGAUUCUGAAACUACAAGCCAAGAUGUUUACAUAUAAUAUCCCAACAUGCCUGGCCAUCUGGAAAAUGUAAUUCAACAGUCAUACACCUGUUAACAUAGAUAAUUUUUUUAAAAAAAAUAAGGUUUGCUUCAUAAAGCUACAUUUGAAGUAGGCCUUCAAAUUUGGUUUUAUGCUAGAAAGGUUUUUCAUUAUUGCAGUCUUUCCACAAACUUUGGUUUAGACAGAUUCCUGGCACUAAUGUUGUAAAAUGAGGACUGUUGCUUCCCAUACAAAAAAUAUUUCAGAAGUAAGUAUGCCUUGUGUGUCUAAGUAAGGAAAAUGUGUUGAUGAAUUUUAUUGUUGCUGCUUUGGAAUGUUUACCAUUAAAUUAUUGACUUCUGUUUCCCUCCUCCUUUCUACCCUCCCCUUUAUAUAUCAUAAUAGCAAUAUCCAGUGGUGAUGAACUGAUCAUUGUCUGCAGUGUUUGUACAUAAUGGGAACAACUGAAAUGUCUUGCUCAUGUAAGAUUGUUUAUGAAAUGGAUCUUUUUUUGUCUCUUCACUAUAGAUUAUCAUCAUUGGGAGUUAGUCUGUUACUUUCCAGGACUUUUAUAGUUCCAUCCCAUACUCAGUGUUCUUCCCAUAAAGAUAUUCGGUAUUCUGCAAAAAAAUAAGUCAUUUUUAUUUCUUCCCUUCAGAGCCAUUGCUGCUGAGUGCUUUCUAAAGGGACAGAGAGAGGUAUGUAAGAAAAGCUUAUUGAAAUAGCCAGUUGCAAAGAUACUUAACUAGCCUCACCCCUGGGUUUAAUGAACUAGUCCACAGCUUUUAAAAAAAGAAGAAGCUUGAGAACAGUGUUCUUGCUAAGCUAGCUUUAGAGUAAGAGGUCUGCUCCUCAGAAAUUGUGUCUGUUAUCAAAUGACGGCAAGGAGGAAGAAAGGUUCUGGCUAAGUCUUUUUUCCUUUUAGGUUAAUUCUGUCAGGUGCUCAAUGUGCUAGAGCCAGACUUGGUUGAAACAGACUUUGUGCAUUCCUGCAGCUUUCAAACACAGUAGUGUGCCAACACAAGGACACUUAGGAUGUUAAUUUAACAUACUUAAUUCUUCCCACUUGUUCACAUAAUGCUCAUUUACUAUGCAAUCCUGUACAUGUCAGAAGCAAAACCUGAUUAUUUGAAUGAGGCUUAGGUCCCAAAUAGCUGUCUCCUUCCCUACAAACUAGAUAAGUGUCCAAGGAGUGGCAAUUUAUUUGGCAGUCCCUGAGCUACAGAAGUGUGUCGGACAUCUUCAUUCUGUAAUUUUUCACAUGCUGAUGAAGGCACACCUCUUUACUCUGUCCUUUGACGCCUAAGAUAUGUAUUUGGGACCUAUCUUGUUCCCUUCAGUAUAAUCUGUUUUUUUAGUGGAUGUCAAUGCUGUAUUUUUAUAUAGUUACGCCAUGGGUCCUCACUGUGAAGGGUGGAUAAGAAAUCAGAACAAUUAAUUCCUCAGUAAGUGGUGUAGGAUUGCAGAGCCUUUAAAUAACAAAAGAAGCUUAAAUCCAACAAAGGAGUCUUCAGUGAUCAGUACAAACUUUUGAAUAUAUGGCACACAGAAACUUGUUGAUGUAGUAAACCAAUUCAGUCAAUUUGAAAUAGGGACAGAUAGGACUCUCCUAACUUGCUUCUAUGCAUUUACAAUGUGAUCAUCAGGCUUCCAUGUCUCCUCUACAGCCUUAAAACUAAGCACUUUUUGAAGAAUGUAAAGCUCUUAAAUCUAGCAGUAGCCCUCAAGCAUUUCCCUGCCAUAGCUUCACCAUUCCUAACCUGUGUUACAGGCACUUAAGACAGAAAAAGUGCAUGUUACGCAACAAACAUAAGUUUUGUUGGGAUAACAUUAGAUUGAUUCUUGUCUCUUCUUUACAGGUCCAUCACUUAUAUCAGAGAGCCUUUCAGAAGCUACCUCUUUGCGCAACCCUGUGGAAAGAUGUAAUGUUUUCUCCUUAUGUUUCCGUUUAAGGUUUCAUUUCAAUUUUCUGCAUAUCCCAUGUCCAUUGAUGUGGUGAUAUUCCAGCUCUGGCUAAAUCUUAUGUCUGCUUCACCAUCUCUUACAGCAGCUCCUGUUUGAAGCAUCAGGAGGAGGUAAAACUGAUAACCUGAGAAAACUAGUUUCCAAGUGCCAAGAGGUUGGAGUCAGCCUAGAUGAGCUUUUAAAUUUAAACACUUACAGAACAGAAAGCACGAAUCGCUGAACACUGGGUGCAGUCAGUGCUAAGUCCUAUUAAAUGCCAAAAUCAUUUGAAUGAUUCUCCAGGCUGAUCUCUGGCUUUAGGCCUCUGAAAAGCAGAUGCGCAAAGCUGAGCAUAUCAAGUCUCUCUCUGGCCUGCUUUCCUUGAACCUGGAAACAAUUGACAUGAUCGCCUCCUUGGAUAAAUGAAUGUCCUCUAUGGCCUGCUUCUGGGCCCUGCCAGACUCUCAUAACAUCAUGUACGUAAGUAUAGUUCAUCCCAAUGACAGACUUUAAAUGUGUUAAUUUUUAUAUUUUAUUUUCGAUUUUUCAUUUUCUUUUGUGCGGUUCCUGAUUUCACUUGACGCUCGCACUGAUGCCUGAGAGAUCUGUGUUUGGGGCUAAAAAUAUGGGCUGAGUUUACAGCAAAAACAAUCGGUCCACUUUGUUUUCCUCCCAACCCCACCCCACCCUCUUUCCCAAUCCCUUUUUGUUUCGUUUUGGAGAUUUGUUUUCAUUGCAGGAUAUAAAAACAAAAGCAGCCGCUCUUAAGGAAAGUAACUGCCAUGGCCACAAGUAUGCUUUUUGCACUUGAAGGCUCAUUGAGGGUGGUUUCCUGCCCUUUCUGCAUUCUGGACUUGUGGCAGAGACUUAAACUUGAAGAUUAAAGAUACAGUUGCAAUUGCCAGUGCAUCAGAACCUAAGAGUGGUCAAUUUAUUAUGUGCAAUUUUUUGUAAAGAAAUUUUAAUUUAUAAUAAAAGUUUAACAGUUAAUAAUAUUGAACUGAUUUGUAUUAAAAUACUACUCUGUAGUAUUGCCAUUGUUUAUACAAAGAUAUUUUGAAUAUAAGUUUUA